AUUCAUUCAAAGUUGACAAAUUUUGCAAAAAUUUUGUUUAUUUUUAAAAUCUAAAACAAUAUUCCACGUUGAGGAUGCAAAAAUACUCAAAAACAACCACAAAAUGAUAAAAUUCUCUUCAAAAACUGGACAGAAAAUGUAUGGUUCACGGAUAUUUUAGUCUUGUUAUGCUUGACGUACUAUGUUGAUUAAUAAUUCUACUGCAAUUAUGUUUCCUAAUAUUGGAUGACGAAAAUCAUUGAAUUGGUUUAAACUAUUUACAAAAUGUCUUCAGAGGAGGUCGAGCUGUUAUCUGAUAGUAAAUAUCGCCAGUUUAUAGCAGCAGUUGAAAAAGCGUUGCGAAGUUUUGAGUCGACAAGUGAAUGGGCUGAUUUAAUUUCUGCAUUGGGGAAACUAAAUAAGGUCAGUAACAUGACAUGUGACCGUAUACAGUACGUGUUAAAUUACGUAAGGUAAAGGGAUUUCGAGCAACGCUAUGUGCAUUUGUACUUAUCCAUUCCUGAUGCAAAAAGUUCAAAGUGCUGCUUGAGAUUUCUGUCUAUUAGAAACGAGGUGUUAUACAGCCGGCAGAGGCUAAUUCGGUACUGCCAGCUAUUUAGUAGAGGGUCGUACAGGGGUGUUCUCGUAAUAUGUGAAUAGUUGAAUUUAUUUUCCAAGAAACAGGAAUCUAAUAAAUUGUUAUUUGUGAUCUGUGAUACAAAGCUUUUGUGUGACCCGUGAAGAAUUUAAUUAACCAUUAAGCGCCAGCGCUCUCCCCUUUGACGAGUAAAAUUGUCUGGCAUUAGACAGAGUAAAAUACUAAAGUAGGGUGCAAUACGACUCAAUGGGUUAACUAGACACAUGGGCAGAUAGGCCAGUUAACCCAUUAAGCGUCAGCGCUCUCCCCUUGACGAGUAAAAUCAUCUGGCGUUAGACAGAGUAAAAUACUAAAGUAGGGUGCAUCAGGGUGCAAUGCGACUCAAUGGGUUAAUAACCGAUAUUUGUGAUUUCACCAUUUGUUCAAGAGUUUGACCUUAUUCCAUGUGAUUUUAAGUUGUUAGUAUAAUAUCUGUGAUUCAUUAUUUCUUUUCACCUGUGAAUUGUGCUGGAGACCCCAAGUACAAUACUACCGUCUAUUUAGUAGACUGCCGACUAUUUAGCAGACUGCUGGCUAUAUAGUGACUAUAGUUAAAUUAAUGUUGAAUUUCUAUAAGAUGAACCGAUCACAACCCCAAACCCUUCUCUAACUCUAACCUGUUGAAAGUUAGAAAAGGCUGGAAAAAAUUUUAAGAAAAAAAUGCUAAGUCAGGCAAAACAAAACCCGACCUGGAUUGCAUUUCACUUUCCACACACAGCGCCUUUAUUGUGUACACUAAUGGCAGAGAAUACUACACAGAAGUCCAUCUCCAUUGCUUUUUGCGUAAGCUCUAUUCGUCAUGAUUUGUCACUCAGCAAGUACCGUAAACAGAAGCAGCCCCCCCCCUGGAAAUACUAAAAAUGGUGCACAUCCAGGGGGUGACUGCUUCUGUUUACAGUACUUGCUGAGUGACGAAUCAUGACGAAUAGAGCUUACGCAAAAAGCAAUGGAAAUUGACUUCUGUGUAGUAUUCUGUGCUAAUUGCAAGCUAGGUAAAACGUUAGCGCAAACAAAAGUUUUACAUUUAACUAUAGUUGGUAUAUAUAAUAGUUUUGUUUGUGGAAACACCACGUAAAUUUAUUACUGCAGUAAUGGGUCAUUCCAGAAAACAUCCAUACCGCCCCCACAGAGGAAAUAGGAAGUUAACCCCCCUACCCCCUUCGGAUAUCCUAAUACAUUUACUAUUAUCAGAAACAAUUUUUUCUUCCCUCCCCCUCCGGACGGCAGAAAUUUCCUCCGUGGGGGGGAGUAUGGAUCUUUUCUGGAACGACUCAAUAAAUUUAUGUGGUGUUUCCACAAACAAAACUAUUAUAUUUUAUCGCCAUGCAAACAUACAAAGAACUUAGUUGGUAUAUAACCGACAGUUUACUAAAUAGCUGGCUGUUGGCUAUAUACUAGUCACUUUGGAUUAAAAACAACAUAAAUAAUAUUUUCCAUCAAGCACAAUGCCAAACAAUUUGAUAUUUAUCCAUUACAUUAGUAUAUAUAUAUAUAUAUAUAUAUAUAUAUAUAUAUAUAUAUAUAUAUAUAUAUAUAUAUAUAUAUAUAUAUAUAUAUAUAUAUAUAUAUAUAGAGGAACUUGUGGUUAGAGCUCGACAACUGGUCUCUUUGUUACAGUGCUCUACUAGCAUCUCAGGACUGCACGGUUAGGUCUAAAAAUUAUAUAUUGUCAAUUUUCACUUGAAACGUUUAGUGUUAGAUGACAAGGGCCUUGCACAUUAAUGGUUGAAAACAGGGGUAGACAUACUGUGGGAUUGUAGAGGCUGUGCACCCCACCUAGUCGAGUGUGGCACCCCCUAGGAAAAUCUAGCAUGUGCAGCCAAAAAAUCUGCUUGACCAUACAUUUUCUACUUUUUGAAUAGUGAUUAGUGGAUCGAACUUGUACUGUUAGCGCGUAUCGAUUUCUUGAAGCAAUUUAAUUGUUUGUGAGCUCACACGAAAAUACUCAGAAUGCUUUAGUGCAAUAUCAUGGUUAAAUAUGUGAACAUAUCAAGGUUGUUAUACAGCCAUAUUUUCAAAUAUACUGUACUGUACUUUAACCCAUUGAGUGGCUGCUCUUUCCCCCUGACGAGUAAAAUCAUCUGGUGUUAGACAGAGUAAAAUAAUAAAGUAGGGCACAUCUGGCCACAUUGCCACUUAAAGGGUUAAUAUUUGCAAAUUUACUGUACUGUGCUGCAGCAACUGUCCAGUCACAUAUUUGUGAUAAAAAGUCGAUAUAAACUUUAAUAAUGUAAAACGUAACAGAACGGCAAACAUGCAGAUUCGGCAUCUCAAAUAAUGGUAAUGUUGGGAGAGUAUAGCGUUGCAGACUGCAGAGGAGAGUGGGCAGUAAGGCUCCCUCAUGCACCACCCCAGGGAAAACCUACACCCCUCCUUGCAAGUGAGGCUAGAUCUGCCCUUGGAUAAAAAACUAAACAUGCAUACUGUUUUCCACAUUUUCCAAACACUUUCGUGUACUAUUUCUCUUUACCAAGGACUUACUGUAGACUUGCUUUUUAUUCACAGGUUUUAAAUUCCUAUUCCAAGUUUGUUGUCAUCCCCAGAAAACUAAUGAUUGGCAAAAGACUAUCACAAUGUAUGCAUCCUGCUUUACCAAGCGGUGUUCAUCUCAAAGCAUUAGAGACGUACAACCUGAUAUUCGAGCGUAUCGGCAAGAAACGCUUGUCACAAGAUCUGUUUAUCUAUAGCGUUGGACUGUUCCCGUUAAUGAGUCACUCGGCGAUGUCAGUGAAGCCUGCAUUAAUGAAAUUGUACGAGGAACAUUUCUUACCUUUGGGCAUGGCACUUGUGCCUAGUCUGCCUGGGUUGUUACUCGGACUUUUACCUGGAAUUGAGGAGGGGUCUGAUUAUACAGAAAGGUAUCAAGCUAUAUUAUUUUGAGAUCACGCAUCCAUUUUAGCAACUUUGUGACCAUCAACAAGUUUGCCAUAUAUGUACAGAAAAAAAACACUGAAAAGCUCCAAUGGGGAGUGUUCAAUUAAAUAUUGUAUUUGUAUUUGAAUUUUGUACAGUACAUCGUUUUUACAAAGCCUAAAAACACCUCUUUUCAUGAAAUUAAACAAUGUUUUUGCUUGUUUUAAUUGAUAUUGACUUUUAAUUUGAUAUUGACUUCAAUUUGUUAUUUAUAAGAAGCAAUUUUUUCAAUGUUUCAAAUUUGUGAUAAAAGUUAAAAUCCUCUCGAAAUUACUUUGUUUUAGGUUUAUUUUGUACUUUACACCGUCAGCAACCUUUUAAAAUUUAUCUGGUUGUUGAAACGUAUAGAAACACAAAAUAAUAGUUAGUAUUGUCAAUUUCAACACUAUCAUUGAUGCUUUCAAAUUGAAGCCAUACGUAUACAGCAAAUAAUAUAAGAAAAACUUACCAUACUUCAGACAUUAUUUUCUCUUUGGCGUGCCAUCUAAAAUCUCUUCAUUUUAGCAUAAUUUUACAGACAAAGCACUAAAUCUCAUGCUCACAUGGUUCAAACCCUAGCUUUCUACUAAUUGGAUCAUUUGAAUUUGAAGUUAUAAUAUUCACCAAAAUAUAUUGUAUAUUUAUUUUGUCAUUAUUCUUCCAAUAGGACGAUAUCUCUGCUAGAAUCAUUCAGUGUUGCGACAGAUAUAGAUGUAUUCUUUGAUGCAUUGUGGCAAUCAGUGAUCACGACUCCUGUUGGCCGACUGCCUGCUUCAAUAUUCCUACUUUCACGACUCGAUAAACAUUUACCACCAACGGAACAGCAACAUUUGUUGGGAAGGAAUCAUGCAUUUAUGGU